AAACAAAAUGGAUAUAUUUAGCAUCAUUAUUUUAAUUUUGAAAUGGAUCACCCUUACGGCCGUCUCUUUUUGCAUGUACUUGGUCUGGAUUUUUGUGGUUAAUCCUUGGAACCAGCAAAGAAAGUACAGGAAGUACAAAAAUGUUUAUGUACCAGAGAGACUAAAUGCUCCCUCUGGAGAUCUUAUUGAGAUGGAGGAAAAAGUGGCGAACGGGAAGUUUAGAUUUCAGUAUUUGACUGAUUUUGAUCCGACAAAGUAUGAUAUUAGGCUUGGGCAUCUUGGACCGCAUACUCAUUUUCAGUUGAUAUCCCACAGAGCUCAUGAAGAGGUGAAUAAGUUGAUCCCUGCAGUGGUAGAUAGACAUACUGCUAAAUUUGGAGUUCAGUUUGGACCUUUGAUCAAGGAUACUCUUGGAUUGAAGAGGUCGACAAAGAUGUUUAAGAACAAAAGGCAGGUAUUCCUAAAGAUACUAGGCUUUAAUUACUCUUCUAAGUACAUCUCAACCAUGAUCAAUGUUGUCAAAGAAAAAAUAGCUACGUGGCAAGAAGGUCAAGAAGUAAACGCAUUGCUAGAAAUGGGCAAUGUGGCUCUCAGAAUUAUCGUCCAAAUUACCUUUGGAAAGGAUGCUGACUCUAAAAUGCCUAAAUUAAGUUAUAUUAACCCUGAUGGUUCAAAAAGCUUGAUGAACUUCUAUGAGUUCUUCCCAAAGUUAAUGGCAGAUCUUCUGAAAGCUGAGUUUUACCCUCUUAAUGUUGUAUUCCCGUUUUUAUUUCUAAACGGAUGGUUGUAUCCAAAUAAUAUCAACAAGAAGAACAUGCUGGAGCUAAGGUCCAAAAUGAGCAGUUUCAUGGAUACGAUUGAGGAUAAGGAUUCAGUCUAUAAACAAUUGGUCGAUAACCAUAAGUUCAAGAAAGAAGAUAUUUUUGAUGAUAUCAUUGGCCUAGUGCACGCAGCCCAUCAGACCUCUCACCAUACUGUCUGCACUGUUCUUUUUAAUAUCAAGAAGCACCCUCAAUGGCUUGAGAAAAUUCAGAAAGAACUUGAAGAUGCUGGGCUCACUACAGGAUGUGAUAUUGAAGCAAAGUUGACUAGGGAUGUGAUCCAUGAAUCCGCGAAUUUAGCCUGAGUUGUAAAGGAAGCAUUGAGAUUUGACCCUGCUGGAAAUCUUUCACUAGCAUACAAAGCUUAUAAAGAUACCAAAAUUUGUGGAGUACCAAUUCCAAAGGGAUCCAAGCUCAUGGUUUCAGUGUCUUCUACACAUUAUAACAAGGAGCAAUUCCCAGAUCCUUAUAAAUUUAAACCAGAGAGAUUUGACCCUCAAAGCGAUUGCUUUUAUAUUGGAGGCUCGAAGGGGAAAGCGAGACAUCCUUUGUCAUACAUCCCCUUCUCAUUUAGCGAGAGGAAAUGCCCAGGAAUGAUCUUCGCCUUAAUGGAAGUGAAAACAAUUAUCUGCUACUUCCUUCAAAGAGUAGAAUACUCUAUUGAUCCUAAUUUACUGAAGGACGAUAAGGUUAGAUAUGGUAUUUUUACCAAUUUCCAACUAGGGUUAAAAAUUGAAAAGAUCAAAUAAGAAUUUAGCUUCAAUUUGUUAAACUUGAAUA